UCACGCAGUGGCGCGCUAACCGCUGCGCCACCGCUCCCAUUGCUCCUCUCUCGCUGGCCCGCCUCCUCUGCGUGGUUGGAUAGAGUCGUCGGCGUAUCGGGUUUAUUGUUGUUGAUAUUCCUUGUGGAUCGUUCUGACAACUACUCCACUCCUCCCUCUAGCCUCCCUCCCCUGCCUCCUCCUCCUCAUCGCUCCGUCUCCUCCUGCAGGGAGGUUCCCCUGCUCGGAGAUCAGCUCCCUGCCACCGCCUCUUCCUCCUGCACACGACUGGUCUGCUGCAGGCUGCACGGGGUGGCGUGGAGAUCUUUGGCGGUGGAGGGUGGUGGUGGUGGCGGUGGGCCCCAUCUCUUGCCCAUGGAGCCGCUCAUCGUUAAGCGAGAGGAUGGAGAGGAGCCUGGCAGUGGCGAGAUGUGGCUCAGGGUGAAGGUGGAGAGAGAAGACGCCGGUGACCUUCAGGAAGCCGACGCGGCGAUUAAAGAAGAGGACGUUGAGGCUGAAGAAGUGGGACUCUGCGUCAAAGAAGAAGCAAAAGAUGGAGAUGACGAUGACAACGACGACGACGAAGACACCUUCCGGAUUAAAAUGGAGGAAUGCAAAGCUGGACGAAGGGAGCUCAGCGUCAAUGGAUUUGACGUCCAGGCUGAAGGGGGAGUUGGGAGCGAGGCGACCGUUGGUGAUAGUUUCGCCAUCGUCACCCCCGCCACCACCGCCACCACCGCCGCCGCGGUCAGACAUGGAGAGUCCCGGGCACCGCGACAGGACUGGGCCGGCGCUUCCCCGAGCGUGGCGGAGAUCGAGGUGACCUUGGAGGACGACAUUGAGGCCAGCAUCAGGACUCAAGCGCCGGACGCCGCGCUGGGCCGACGUUCGAGGGACGUCGGCGGCGGCCGAGGCGGCGGCGCGCCGGCGACCCGGCACGCCUGCUCGCUGUGCGGCAGGAGCUUCGUGCGCCCAUCGGCCCUCAAGAGCCACGCGAUGACGCACACGGGCGAGCGGCCGCACGGUUGCCCCGUGUGCGCCAAGCGCUUCGCCCACCCCUCCGACCUGAGGAUCCACGCGAGGAUCCACACGGGCGAGCGGCCGCACGCCUGCCCCGACUGCUCCAAGGUCUUCGUGCAGUCCUCCAACCUCAGGAGCCACAUGAGGAUCCACACGGGCGAGCGGCCGCACGCCUGCCACGCGUGCGGCAAGCGCUACAUCCACCCGUCGGAGCUCAGGAGCCACGCGAGGACGCACACGGGAGAGCGGCCGCACGUCUGCGGCGUGUGCGGCAAGGGCUUCCUGCAGUCGUCGAACCUCAAGAGCCACGCGAGAAUCCACACGGGCGAGCGGCCGCACGUCUGCGCCGUGUGCGGCAAGGGCUUCAUGCAGUCGUCGACGCUCAAGAGCCACGCGAUCACGCACACCGACGACCGGCCGUUCCGGUGCGCCGUGUGCGACCGGAGCUUCAGGCGCCCGUCGGUUCUCAAGAGCCACCUGCUGGCGCACGCUGGCGGACGGCGCCCGUCGCUCGGGCGCUCCGUGCGCGGCAGAGGGCUCUCGAGCGCAUCGCGCACCUCGGGGUUGCACGUGGGGACCCACGGCGGAGGGAGCGCCGGGACGCCCCCCGGUUGUUGAGCCUCGCAUCAAGAAUCGUUGCAAUCGGGAACCUUUUGUUUAGACUGACGGGGAGGAGGAGGGAGCGGAAGAAUCUGACGAGCAUCGAAGCGCUUUUUUUCACUUGUGUCCACUAUGGGCACGGGGUUCAGAAAAGUUACAAAUCUGUAAAUGUUAAACCACAACAACCGCCAAUUACCCCCUAAGUGGUGGCGACAUCACCACAGCGCCUGUGCCAGGCCGUGUGCACUUUAAGGCCACGUGAAGUGUCGAACGCCCACUGGCAUGGAGCUCAUGGGACAGACCCAGCAGGUGCCAUGGGUCGACUGACUGAGACGAC